UUCGACACGUUUCCAAUCGUUCUGGCUAUUUUCAUCAUCGCCGUCAACUUAACCGUCAUAAUUUUAUUCAUUCGCCAUCGCACACUCAGAACUGUCACUAACUCAUUUCUUGUGAGCCUAGCUUCCAGUGACCUACUCGCAGGAUUGUGUGGAAUUCCUUUUUUACUUUAUUGUUCAGCCACUCAUAAAUUCACGAUCUGUGCUAAUACAACUCUAAUAUGGCGAUUCCUUUCUGUCUCUACGGUGCUGCAUAUUCUGCUGGUAUCUGUGGAUCGCUACAUCGCCAUAGUGCACGCCAUGCGCUAUCAUAACAUUGUAACACGCCGCGCGUUCUUCGCGCUCACAACCCUGGCAUGGACUAUCGCCGCGUUCGUUUCUCUGAUACAACUAACUUGGCAGAUACAUUUGAGCGAGGAAGCACAAAAAACCUCAGAAAAAAGUCAGAAAACGUAUGACCUCGCCACUUUUGUGCUAUUUUUUAUGAUACCACUAUUGGUGAUGGCCUACAUGUACAUUCGCAUUUUCAGUACGGUAAGGUACCACGAGAAACGGAUAUGGCGUUUUCACAGCCCUACUAAUCCACAUUUUUCCGCCAAAAGAAAAGCAGAAUCACACAGCAAUGCACAGCGCAAAACUGCCACCAUCUUCCUAGCGAUGCUUGUUAUAUUUACCGCCUGUUGGCUGCCAUAUUUUAUUUUGAGUUUUCAAGAGAUGAACGCGUUUGACCCACCUGAAUGGGUGCUCUAUGUCUUUUACUACUACACUCGAUAUUUCACUUCGUUUGCAAACCCCCUUCUGUACAUUUUUGGAAAAAGAGACUUCAAAGAACUAUUACCUUGUUCGGUUUGCAAGAAUGACCGUGAAGAGAGAUUCAAAAGCCGAGCGAGUACAACACUCACAACUUUCUACAGCAACGAACAGAGAACAGCUCAUUGUUGAACUAAAUGAGCCUGAGGGGAACACAAGCAAUGACGCUUACUGUUAGUUACAUAACGGUCAAGCUGUCGAUAAAAACAGCUCAGCACGCCUAAUACUUGUAACACAACAUAGGAGAGGAUUCAAAAGAAAGGGGCUAGUUGUAGUUAUAACUGAGGAUUACACUUUAAAUUGAAAAUUCCCUCUAUAAAAGAUCGGGUUAUCUAAAGACAAUAAGAAGCUAAGCAUUAAAAAGUAUUUGAGCAGGCGAAAUUUGUCAUGCAAAUCAAUCUUAACUCGAAGAGUUCGCUUGACACGUAUCCAUUUUUUUUUUUUUUUUAGUCUGUCUGUUUCAGCAUGGCUCUGAAUGAUUUUCACGGGAAGCACUAUUUAUAGGAACACAGUUUACCGCUUGUUGAAAAUGACAUUUUCCUCGAACUUACUAAGGAGUUAAAUUAAGUCCCAUUAGUGAGAAAAAGGAAAGUCAAUAAGGGAAUAAUCCCAUGUUUGCUGUAGAAAUAACUUAGAAUCAGCUGAACCUGAUUUGCACCUCCGUAAAAAUGGAGCAAAUUCCUUUAUCUAAAUCAUGCGCGCUUUCACUCCAUUAACAAAGACACCCGAGAAAUACUGCAUAUCAUUGAAACAAAUUUAAAUUAGUACUUUAGAAAAGGUUGCUCCUGAAAGAAAAUUAAAUUUGGGAGAAUAGGAAGACUUUUAGCACAUCAUAAAUAAAAAAAAAAUUCAAUCGCUCGCAAAUUUUACUUAGGAAGUGCAAACGAGCAUUUCUUGUCAGCAAAAAGAUGUACAAGAAUCGAAACAUUAAUUUUCAUGGAGGGGCGAGUUUUAGACGUAAACACAUCGACAUGUACAUGAUAAUAUAUUCUUUAAAUUUGCUGAAAAGAAUAACAAAGACAAGACAUAUUCUGAAUCCGGGGUUGUCUGAUAAGCAGGCUUUUUUUUUUCUCUCUCCCAAUAAAGUCUUAAAAAGCAAGACAAAUUUGUAUUAGAAUUAGCGCUAAAAUGAAUUAGUAUAGAACGAAGACAAAGGUCGCAAUCGCACAAAGCGAGUAGUUUUCCGUUCACCCACAGCGAGCAGCGCAAGAUAAAAACUUCUAUUUAUGCUAUCAUGAAGUUACAGCAUUCAGUUACCACCUUGAAAAGCAUAGUAAUAAAAGCCUCGAGCAACUUUUCAAGAUAACAUGAGUGAUUACACUUAUAAAGCCAUUUAUAUAUCGAAUUAAAAUUCUAGACAUGUCUCGCACGUAGCUAAAUGCACGUAAUUGCCGAAAAAGAGCUGCAUCUGUUUUCCGUUUGGCGGCAAUUGUUUUUACAUCAGAACAAAGAUGAUUGCAAUCGCCGAGAACGAAAUAAUGAGCCAUACGCUCUCUUCGUGUGUUGAAAGGUUAAGAUGAUUGUCUAUAAUGAUAACAAUCUGCUGCACUUUAAUCCUUAGGUUUUAGCUUUAGAAUAAAAACCUCGCGCUUGUCUCUUGCUCAAGAAUCAAGGCAUAAUCUAGUCAAUUAGGUGAAAACGUUUUCACAUUUAUUCUUAGUCUUUUGUGAUAUUUCCAGAUGAACAAAACAAAAAAGCUAAAGAAAGAAGGAUG